UGAGCAAUAGCUCGGGAUAUAAUAGCAGCGAGAGCGGGAUGUAAAAGAAAAAAAAAAUGAAAUAAACCGCUGGCACAGGUGUGGACCGCCUUCUUUCGCUUGCUCUUCACCACUCACGCAACUGGCAGCGGCCACUGGCAGCGCUAGAAGUAGAAAGGUGCGCUCGCUUGCGUGUACCAGUUGGUUUCCUGGUCGUCGGCAGUCAACAACAAUCCAGUGGCGCUCCAUAAUUUCGAGUGCUCCUCAAAGAUUUCUAGGCACGCACGCUCUGUCUUACUAAUCAAUUCACGCUGUGCUUUCGGUGAUUUGAAAGACAUUUCCUUUUUUUGUGUGUGUGUGUGUGUGCGCGUUCACUUUAGUGGUCCGCACACGUGUGAGACUAGAAAGGCAAUCCGAAAAUGCGCUGGUGUUUAUUAUUGGGUCUUGUGGCCCUCACCGUGUCCACGUCCAACGAAGGAAUUGACGCGGAUGGACAACAGGUUGAGCCUGUGUUGAAUACGACCAUGUUCGCCGAGGCACCGCUGAGCAGUCAAGCGGAAGACGUGGAAACAACGACGGAAGACGUGGCCUACGAGGACGAUGAGUAUCUGGAUGACGAGAGUGAAUUCCUUCCUGAUCCGGAAGCGUUGACCGACGAAGAAGGGGACGAGGAAGUGGUGGUCCUCGAUGCGGAGAGUCGGAUCGUAGCAGAACAACUCAUCCAGGAGCUGGAUCAGAUCAGCAACAAGUUGCAGGACGACGAGGAAACGGUGGGCACGUCACGUUCCAUCAGCUCGGCCGAAGUCAAGAAACUGGAGAAGCUUCUGGAUUCGGCUGGAUUAUCACCCAAUUCGCCUUUGCUCCAGAGCUUGAUGCAGCAGAGGCAAGACGCCAUUCCGUCUUCGGUUCUCGGUCCAAGUAUGGCCGGAAUGGCCGGACUCAGUAGCCUUUUAGGCGGCACCGCUCCGAUAGGUUCCGGUGCAUCCGCCAGUUCCACCUCUUCAACCAUCGUACCCGGCGCUAUGACCAAGAAGAACGUCGAAGAAAUCAAAUAUGAAUUGAAACAGAUGCUCUUCGGCCCGGAGAACCCGAAUCAAAGACGUCGACAAGGCAACAGUGGAUCUAGACGUCCCAUUAGCUAUAACCCACAAUCACCGCAUUAUUCGGACACGGCUGCCCGGCGACCCAUUAACGCGGCCGGCCAUCGUUCACGACCGCAAUCGAAAUCCGGCAGCAAAAAUAAGCGGACGCGACGUCCCGGUGCUAAUCGAAAAGCGCAAAACCGCCAGCAAGCAUCUGGCGGUCUGCACAAUACGCCACAGCGUCCGAUCCCGCUCUUCCUACGGCCGCCCCGUCCGUCACGACCGGGACUUGCGGCUGUCCAGGCUAAAACUGUACCGACAACAGUUGGAGGUCGACCUAUUCACAACGAGAUUGCCCGCCAACCGAUCAGCGAAUUCCGAGCACCUGCCUCCGAUUUCCGUCUGCCCGAACCGCCGUUCCGUCAGGAACUGGCAUUCGCACCGCCAUCGCGAGGCGGCAAUAACGGUAAUAAUGCGGGACCUGGGCGAGGUCAAGUUUCACCACCGGUUCAAUCACGUGAGCAGCCUAAUAGAAAUCCGCCUCUUCCUCGACCGACUGAAGAACAAUUCCGUCCAUCGUUGUUGGGUCGUCCUAAUAACAACCAACAAUCGCCACCGAUACAGUUCGUUCAACCGCCGCCAGUUCAUAAUCGACAGGCUCCCAAACAGCCGCCACCACCACAGCAAAGACCGCCGAUCGCUACCAGCGCUGGAUUGCCGAUAAGGCCGUCGCUAGGACGACCCAUCACUUCACCCAAUCCGGCAACGGCUAAUUUCAAUCCGGCACCGGCCAAUUUCCCUCCCGUGUCAUCAACGGUGUCAUUGACCAACGCCCAACGUCCCAAAAUCAUUCAGCCGGAUUGCGAUCUCUUCUCCGAGGGUAUCUGCCUAGACGUCCGGAAUUAUCCAUCUGAAUUGAUCGCUAAUUAUCUCAGCCGGAACAAACCAGCGCUGGAGAACAUGUUGGCGGAAGUGAGAAGCCAAAGUGCGGACGAUUUGGUGGACGGCAUCACGUCAUCCGAAGAACGACGUUACUCUUACAAUCAUUACUACGGCAGCAGGAGACAGGGAGAAGACAAUCACGCUCACCGUGAUUUUGCCGAAGAAGGAGGCUUCCUUUGUCCGUCGGAAGUCAAGUACGCCCGACCUCAAUUGGCCCAAACGAGCCGCGGUGUCUGGAAGUACAUCAUCAACAUGCCGGAACAUACGCAAACCAUCCGAAUGGAACGCUGCCUGAAACCUUCAAGUGGCUGCAGUUACGUCUCACCUCAUUACAAAUCGCAUUGUAUUCAAGUUUACAAUUAUCACCGACUUUUGUCAUUUGAAGAACCUAAAGGAAUGCACGUCGAUAUUUACAAAAUUCCGGUUGGAUGCAGUUGCCACGUCCAGGGCUAUGCUUACCUGUAUCCUCCGCUGGACGGAAAGGUAGCAGGACAUGUUAUACCCCCAGCAUUCCCGACUGAUAAUGGCAACGUCAUCGGUCCCAACCGGAAGACAUCCGCACCCGUUACGCCUGAAGAAAGGCCUCCAGUUCCUGUUCAAAAACACGAAGUUCGCGUGAGACCCGACAAUCGUGAACGGCCAGAGUUUCAGCCUGCGAGACCUGAAAGCCGACCCGAAAGACCCGACACUCGCGAAAGACCCGAAAGUCGUGAACGGCCGGAAUUUCGGGACAGACCGGACGAUCGUGAACGGCCUGAAAAUCAAGAGAAUUUCAGCGUUCCAACGGGUUUGAAAGAUUUCUCUUCGUUCAUGGACGAACAGUUCAGCGGACAUUUCGGUCCGUUCGGCGCCGGAGGGUUCGGUGCCAGACAGGCCAAUAGGCGUGAGGAUGAAUAUGAUCCAGCCGACGACAGGAUCGAUCAGCAUCCGAUGGAAUCUAAUCCGGAAAUCAGUUCCAGAAGGCGGCCAGUUGGAGCCCAAUCGAAAACGAAUUACGACUAUCAUCCGAUCAUUGAUUUCUUCCACGACAAGCCCUAGUCGAGGCGUUUUUUUUUUUUAAUUUCGGGACAAGGGGGAAGGGAUCAAUCCAACAAUGAAAAAUUCAUUUAAUUAAUUGUUUGUUAUUAUCAUCACGGAUAAUCGCGCAAGUUAACUAAAGAAAAGAAAAAAAGGAGGAAACAUUUCUCGUGUCAUGGUGUAAUGUCCCAGUUUUGACCUGCUGGGCAGGAUCCAGCUAUGCAUUAUGUUCAUCCAUCUUCGCUGGGCGAAUGAUAUUAUUAUGUUCUACACCAAUAAUCGCGUUACAGGAAAAUAACUUUCAAAAAAACACAACGUUUAGCGGCCGUCGUAAAACAUCGCCGUGGAACGUUGUGCAUUCCAACUGCGUCCAAAAAAAUUCAUUUUAUUAUCGUCUUUUUGAAAUGCUGUCACGUUUAUACGGUGCGUGUGGACAGCUUUAAUUCCCAUUCCUUUACAUCUUUCUCGCUCAUAUUAUUAUUACAUCCGCUGCUCUCUUGCUCUCACCCUACUUUAAAUCUCGGUUGUUCUGAAAAGAAAACAAAAACCGAACGA